GCUAGCUAAAUUAGCUAGCAAGACGGGUAUGACCGUUAACAGCGUGCAUGCACAAAUGCAUGACGACACAUUGUAUCUCAGUGAAGCAGGCAUGCAGAACGAGAUCGCCCCACCAAGCCAGAUAGUAGAGGGGUACAACAACGCCGGGACACAGAGGCAUAGCUCAUACAAUUAUAUUUUGUUCCAGUCAAUGACAAUACAUGUUGAAAAAUAAAUACCUGCGUCAAAUAUAUGGCAUCACAUGCUAGUGCAAAGAUAGCCUGCAUGAAUUUUAAAAUAAAUCCGGUGACCACUAGAUGGCCUCGUAUAUCCACAUUUAGAUCAAAUAUACUUGAUUUUUCAUCAGUACUGUGAAUGACAAGCCCACUGAAUCUAGUUUAAUAAUCUUUAUACUCAGCAGGUAGAGGCCUAGGUACUUCAAAUCAGUGCUUAAUUUGAGCAGGAUCAUGCCAGAACAGGAUCCGGCACCGUUCCGUUCUGGACUGUUUUGUUCCGGAACCUACUUGGCCGAAUCCGGUACCUCUCGUGCCAUGAAAAAUAAUUUUCACUUUUUGCUAUGUAACAAUUAUAAUAAAAGCGAUCAAAGUUCAUUCGAGUUGCCUCUUCGUCAAUUAUCCUGCCCCCUCAUCUCUCCAGAGUUGCACUUCAUCAUUUGUUUCCUUAUAGAAUCAUAGCUGCAUAAAGGGUUCUGGAGGAAUUUUCUAAAGUUACGGAAUUACUGCUGUCUGUUCAGAAAUAAAUUAAAUCAUUCAGAAUAGCCUAAUACGUCAUGAGAAACCCUAUAAUUUAGCUACAGAGGACCAAUAGCUUCUUUUUUAAAUAGCCUAGCUGCGGAUUGUAGCCCAAUAACAAAGAAUAGCCUACAGUCGGGAACGCGAGGCAAAUCUGUCAGUGAAAAAACAGCACGCAGACAAAACAGGCCUUUUGCAAUAUUUCAAAUACAAUCGAGGGAAAACACAGGUUGAAAAGCAAUGACUCUUGCUGAAAAGAUAAGACUAUGCUGUAGACUACCAAAAUAUUUGAUCAAAGCCCAAACAUUGUUUUACAAAACAGAGAGAGGGAGAGAUAGGCUUUUGACACGAGCGCAUCGACAAUCUCCAGCGAGUGAGCUGCGCAUCAUUGGGAUUACUUCCACGUGCAACGGUCAGACGACAAGCAGGUGAGGCACUUCCUGGAGCUGAGCUAUGCUGGUGCCAUCCUUCGGGACAGCUGGGUCCUGACAGACGUUGGCAUCACCCCUAGCAGUGCCAUCUGCUGCCUGCUGAAGGUACCAGCCGAACACCUAGCUGUUUCUACCCGUGCUUGAAAAUGCAUAUCAAACGGGAGCCGGUGGUGCGUGUGUUCAGUGCCGUGAAGGGGGAGACCCUCUCAGUCUUGGGCACUGUGUUUCUCCUGAGUACGUCUGUGGCCAGGCUCAUGACCCUGGUGUCCCAGCAGUGUGGGCUUCCCGUCAGCUCCUUCAGACUGAGCUCUCCCACCGGCCUGCAACUCUACGACUGCAACCGGCUGCACGACUACGCCAUUGACCUGGGGGCUACUCUACGGUUGGACACCUGGGAUGGGUGGGCGGAGUUCCUCAGAGGCUGCUUCCUGGGACACAGACUGUCCAACGACACCUGUCUAGGGAGAGACCUGUUCCAGCUCCGGGUGGCACUCUACAUCGCUGCUUCUCUGGGCCACCUGGACCUGGCCGGCUGGCUGCUGGAGAGGGGGGUGCGUGUCAUUGAGCCGGUGGGGGUUCACCCUUACCGUGAGUGGUGCCACCAGACGGCCCACCCCGACGUCGCCAAGUGUCCCGCUGUCGCCUCCAUCGAGCGCGGCCAGCUCACCAUCCUCAAACUCUUUAUUGCCAGCAGCGUUCUGACCCUUGCCUGUCGGGAUCCCCAGGGUCGCGACCCCCUGAGGAUCGCCCUUCAAUACGGCCACAGGGAGUGUGUGAGUCACCUGGCCACCAAGCUGUGCUCUGUGGUGGUCCUCCCAGGUAUGGCCCUGCCCAUGCGGACAUACCUCCAGAUAAAGGGCUGGGUGAGGCUGGGGCAGAGGAGGGCAGCAUCCAGGCACUGCAUGGGCCUAAACAGGGCUCCGUUCAGGACCAGGGUGGGCGACACGGUCCUGGUGGACGGCUUCACCCUCCCCAAGAUGUCCUCCAAGCCCAGGAGGAGUGAGGCCAAGGCGGGUAUCAGGGUGAUGUCCACUUCCUCUCGACGUUUGACCCCCAUCAACUGCCCAUCUCAUGUAUCCUGCCCGCUCCGCGCCCUGGCAUCCCAGGAUAAACCUCUUCAACUACCGAAGCUACACCCUGUGGCCACGAGGGAUGAAAGAGAGAAGAAGAGGGGAUGGGAAGGGAUGUUAGGAGGAUGA